AUGCAUUCAAGGAAUAAGAGUAGAGGUGGAGAAGCAAUUCAAGACAAUCUCACCUCUACAACCUCAAAUCCACCUCUGUUACAAAAUGUAUUGCCCUAUUUAUCCCCUCGUUCCAAGCUUUCAUUCCAACAUGUGGAUGAGGAAUUAGUUUCACCUCCAUGUUCGCCACGAAUGUCCACAGCGCAUUUUCUAGUUGGUCUACCUUCACGUUCAAGUCCACUCUCCCCAUCAAGUCCUUCUCGGAAUAGAUCCUUUUCAUGCAAAGAGUCUUCGGCGCCAAGAAUUUUCGAAGCACACGAUCUGUAUGAUUUUCCAUUAUUGAAUUCUCAUCAUUUUCCCUCUUGCAAUACAUCAUGCCAUGAUGAAAAUGUUCCUCCUUCUCCAAUGCAUGAUGCUUCCAAGAAUAGGCAUUCAUCCUUCCCUCGUUAUUCAAGUUCUUCCAUGCUUCGUCAUUCCUCUCGGGUGUUUCGGAAGAGUCAUAAAAAAAUUUCCUCCUUCAUGCUUCAUCGGAGAAAGGCUUUUGAGGUGUUUGAGGAAGAGACGUUGGAAUUUCUUCAUUGGCGGAGAUGGAGGAAGGAUAUUAAGGAAACUCAAUGUCUUGGUGAUGGAUGUGAGAACGAGAGACCGUUUUGUCGUUUUCUAUGGAAACAAAAUAGAGAAUAUAUUUUUGUGUUGAUUCCGAUAGUAAGGCGUGAUGGAGAUGAUGUAAAUAUGAAUGAUGGAAGGUUGGAGUUGAAAGUGGAGAUUCAUGAACAACGAGUGAAAGCUUUUUUACAAGUAAGAGAAGAAGAUGAACGGUUUAGAGAAGAAGUGCUGUUAGAUUCGUCGUUAUCAGUAACUAUUCAUGCGAAGGAGUCAAAUUGGGGCGUGAUAUACAAUAACUACCUUUUUCUAGAGCUCAAAAAGCAUGAUCUAAAUGAUGAUGUACAUUAUCCAUUUUCAUUACCGCUUAAAAUUGAGCACAAAUCCAAUCAUGUCAAUGCGGAGGUAGAGUAUGUUCUUCAGCCAUCCGAGCCUCCUCUUCAUCAUGAAAUGCAUUCAGAAUGGUUUCAAUAUCUUGUGGAGGAUAUUUUGGAGUGUCACAAAGAUUAUGAGAAAUUGAAGAAAGAUCUCAUCUUAUCUUCUACUGGAUUACACCAGUUCAACCUUGAAGAGGCGGCGCUUAAAUAUCAUCAAGCUUUAGAAAUGCCAGAAUUGUCUGACGCUUAUAUUGUAUACCGGGAAGCUGCAGAUCUUGGUCAUGCUCAAGCUCGUUAUGCAUUUGCCAAUCUUUGUUUGCUAGAAAGUGAUAAUCCUUUCGGCAUUGUACGUUCAGAAGACCAAGCGUUACAUUAUUUGCAACUUGCUUCAUUUCAAAAUAACUAUGCAAAGGCAAGUGUAAAAAUUGCAACCAUGUAUUUGAAAGGAGUGGGGAACGAACGGAAGGAUAUUACGAAAGCAAAGCUUUUCUAUGUCGAGUCUAUUAUUCAAAGUGGUGAUGCAAAGCCAAUGCUACAACUUGGAAACAUUUAUGAAGAGAUGGCAAGCCAAACUGAAGACGAAAUAGAAUGUAAAUUAUUGAGAAAAAAAGCCAUGUCUUGGUAUCGUCUUGCUGUCAAUCGUGGAUUUGCAAAUGCAUGUAUUAGCGCAUCUCUUUUGUUACACAAGUGUAAGAAAAAGGAUUUGGCAGCCUCCAUGAUAUUCUUUAAGAUAGGACGAGUAUUUUCUGGAUCUGUAGACGACACUGUAGCACAUAGGAAAGACAAAUUAGCAUCUAUUGAAGAAUCAGAUUCACUGUACAUACCUCAUUAUAGCCCACGCAAAACUAUUAGGUCUGUGAAAUCUGUGGUAUGCUUAAAGCGCCCACAACCGCUGAGACUGGAGCAAAGUUCUACACACAACAACUCAAAACAUAACGAGGAGCGAGAAGACAUGGUUGACUUAAUAGGAUAUACACCAAUUGAUUCUUCCAAGUUUCAUCUACCAGGUGGGGAGGUGUUGUUGAAAAAUCAAGUGAAAACCCUUCAAGUUGACAAAUUAGCCCUUGAAACCAAAAUACAAGAAAUAACGGAUAGGUAUGAAAAAAUCGUGGCAUCAAUGAAGAUUGAAAUCAACAAUUUGAGGGCCGAGUUGGAAAAGAGCAAAAGUGAAAAUGAAUCAUAUGCUAGAGAAAUGAAAGCAAUUACCACGAUGAGAGAAGCGUUCCAACAACAAGAAUUAAGAAUCGCCAUUCAUCAUGCAUUACUGAGCUUAAAAAUUCGAGCUAACGUUAAUAUUGAGCUGCCUCCUCUUGUAGAUAGAGCCGUCGAAGAAAAUGUCAAAAUGGAAGAAAUAAGCUCCUGGUUUAAAAGGCAGACUGGGAGGUGA